AUGAUCAUUUACACGGAUAUCGUCUCCGGUGACGAGGUUCUCUCCGACACCUUCAAGAUCCAGGAGGACAGUGACAGCAAGCUCCUCUGGACUUGCGACUGCCGCAAGUACCUCAAGAAGAAGAACGAGGACUUCGAGCUCGAGGGUGCCAACCCCUCCGCUGAGGGCGGUGAUGACGAUGCCGGUGGUGAGGGUGAGGCCGUCAUGGUCCACGACAUUGAGGACCAGUUCCGUCUCGUCUGGCUCAAGACCGAGGAGGGCAUGAAGCCCUCCAAGGAUGCCUUCAAGUCCCACCUCAAGAACUACAUGAAGAAGGUCCUUGCCAGACUCACCGAGACCGGUGCCUCCAAGGAGACCAUCGAUGAGUUCAAGGCUGGUGCCCCCGCCGCCGUCAAGAAGAUCCUUGGCAACUACGACAACUACGAUGUCCUGAUGGGUCAGUCCAUGGACGGUGAUGCUAUGCACAUCCUGAUUGACUUCCGUGAGGACGGUGUCACCCCCUUCGCUACCCUCUGGAAGCACGGUCUCCAGGAGGUUAAGGUCUAA